GUUUUCGGAUUUCAUUGAUUUGGGCAGCGCAUUCUGCGAUUUCCGCUCGGAGAUAAGCUUCCAACAGGACGUCAUUCUGAUUAUUUUUUUUGUCAGAACAUUUGGGCUGAAUCACUGGAUUUCAUCGAGCUAAUGCUCUGAGGGGGUUCAAGCAUUUGUUGCCCAUCGGUGGAAUCUUUCGCGCUAUUCCGAGGACUUUCGCCUUGGGAUGGUCGGGUGGGUGUAAGAAGGAGCAGGGAAAACAUGAGGCGAUGUAGGAGAGAAUGCCUCCUCGCGCCGUGGCCGUGCAUCAUCUCCUUGCUGCUCAUCAAACCAACGGUCUGCCAAGGAUUGCUAGUUGGUGCAAGCGACAUGAUGUCGCCCCCUGCGCUGACACCUCCCUUCAUCAAGCAAGUAGACGACUGGGUGGAACACGCAUGGCUUAAGUGUGGAUUAGACAAGAAAAGUCUUCAGGAUGUUAAAACCUACUUCAACUACAACCAUGUGCUUGACAUUCUCCAUAGGAUAUCUGACAAUAAGGACACCUCCCCUGUCAUUGAACAAGGCACCAGUCCAUUGACACCAGAAAUCAAGCAAACGUUGCUGAUCUGUCUAAGCAAACAGAGUUUUGAGGUCACCAAAAACCUGCCCGAUGGUUAUAUCAAAACACUUAUCGCAGCAAUACGAAGAGAUCUGACUCUGGGAAUUAUUGCAAAUCAGGCAGUAAAACCUGCCGCAGGGAAACCAACUGACAGUGUUUCAUCAGAAACAGCUCCUGCGAAAAAGGCAGUGCCGGCAACUAAAUCAGCAACAAAAAAGGACAGUGAUCAGGGUGAUGGCAUGUCAACUACCACUAUCAUUGGUCUUUCUCUAGUUGUUGUAGCACUUUUAGCUCUUCUUGGUGUGUUCUGCUGCAUGUGCCGUGAAAGUCAGAGUUCUCCAUAUGACGAUAAACCACUCCUGAAUUUGACGAGUUCUACGUCUUCCCAUGUAAACCAAAUAGAUGUGAAUAAGCUGGGAGCAUUGCCACUGAAAUCAGAGACUGGUCAAAAUGGAUAUGUGGAUCAAAGUUUACAUGAAAGCGCAGACACUGAUCAAAAUGGCUAUGUGAAACUAAGCUCACAGGAAGUCCCACACACUGGUCAAAAUAGCCCUGUAGAUCUAAACUCACAGGAAGGCCAAAACACUGGUCAAAAUAACCAUGUGAAGCUAGGCUUACAGGAAAGUGCAAACACUGAUCUGGCAGGCUACAACAGUUCAUCCGAAACAAUGGCUGAUUCUGUUAGUUCUGUGCAAGGAUCAAUACCAGUGCCUCAACAAGCAGUGUCAUUGCCACCUACGGUACCUGCACCUCCAAAGGCUCUUCCUCCACCAGCUUCUCAAGCACCUGCAUCGCCUCCAAAAGCUUCUCCAGUUCCUCCCUCAGGACCCUCGCCGCCACCAGCUCCAAAAGCUUCCGCGGUUCCUCCUACAGGACCAUCACCACCACCUGCUCCAAAAGCUGCACCUCCGCCGCCACCAUCAAAAUCUAAUGGACCUCCCCCGCCACCAUUAAAAUCUAAUGGACCUCCCCCGCCACCAUUAAAAUCUAAUGGACCUCGCCCACCAGCAAUGCCUGGUUCCUCCAAAACACGUCCACCACCUAUGAAGAACUCAGGAAAUAAGGCAGAUGAUGAUGCAGAUUCUAGUGAAGCUAAAACAAAGCUUAAGCCCUUCUUUUGGGAUAAAGUAACAGCAAAUGCUAAUCAAUCAAUGGUGUGGGAUAACCUAAAAGCCGGAUCAUUCCAGUUUAACGAGAACGCUAUUGAAACCCUUUUUGGUUUUAACGCUGACAAGAAGAGUGGUGAUGCCACAAAAGAUUUAAAGACAAAGGAGGCGACCCAACUUGUGAGGAUACUUGAUCCUAAAAAAGCGCAGAACCUGGCUAUAUCAUUAAAGGCGUUGAGUGUUUCAGCUCAGGAAGUAUGUUGUGCAGUUAAGGAAGGAAAUGAACUUCCAUCCGACUUGAUACAGACCUUAAUUAGAUGGAUCCCGAGUAGCGAUGAGGAGCUCAGGCUUCGACUAUAUACUGGGGAACUCACACAGCUUGGUCCUGCAGAGCAAUUCUUAAAAGCAAUCAUUGACAUUCCUUAUAUCUACCAGCGUCUGGAUGCAUUACUAUUCAUGUCCAUUUUACCAGAGGAAGCUUCAGGUGUAAAGCAAUCUUUUGCCACCUUAGAGGUAGCUUGCGAUGAGCUUAGGAACAGCCGUCUUUUCUUGAAGUUACUGGAAGCUGUCCUUAAAACAGGAAACCGAAUGAAUGUUGGCACGUUCCGUGGAGAAGCCCAGGCGUUUAAACUAGACACUCUCCUUAAGCUGUCUGACGUCAAAGGAACUGAUGGGAAGACAACUCUGUUGCAUUUUGUUGUUCAAGAGAUAAUCCGUUCUGAAGGUGUCCGUUCAGCACGGGCUGCAAAAGAGCAGACCAGCAGCGGAUCCAGUACUGAUGACAGUACUGAAAAUACUGAAGACGAAUACAAACAGAUAGGUCUGCAGGUUGUGUCCAGUUUAGGAGAUGAACUUCAGAAUGUCAGGAAAGCGGCAAUCCUUGAUGCAGAUCAGUUGACUAUGUCGGUAGCAAGUCUCGGCCACAAGCUUGUCAAAACCAGUGAAUUCUUGAACACAAGCAUGAAAAGUUUGAAUGAGGAGAGCGGAUUUCACCACAAGCUUGUGUGUUUCGUAGAGAAGUCUCAAGCUGAUGUUACAUCCCUGCUAGAGGAAGAGAAGAAAAUACGGACCUUGGUAAAAGGUACUGUGGAUUUUUUCCAUGGGAGUACAGGAAAGGACGAGGGUCUUCGGUUAUUUGUCGUAGUGCGAGAUUUCCUCGCAAUGCUAGACAAGGUAUGCAAAGAGGUGAAAGAAACAUCGAAAGUAGUAGCUCCAAAGAAAACAAAGCCAGGAGGUAAUCUGCCAUCCCAACCACCGAAGUCAUUUCAAGACUCCCGGCGUAAUCUCUUCCCAGCUAUUCAAGACCGGAGGGCAGAUAGUUCAAGCUCUAGUUCUGAUGAUGAAAGUUAGCUCUAAACGAAGCAACAGAAUAGAAUUUCCUGAAGUGAGGAAGUCAUCUGCCAGACAUACCGGGUGUUCUUCACAAGUAAUGUUGCUCUUUGACAGUCAACACAGGCGUCCACUUGGAAGCCAAAGUGAAGGUGGAAUUGUCGAUUGAAAGGAGGGAGAAGAAAACUAACAUUUAGUUAGAGCAAGCUUAACAAGGAGGAAGACACACUAGGUUGGCUGACUGCUAUACUACAUGUUCGUUGUACAUUUGUACCAACACAGAAAGAAAUGAAGAAAUGUAGAAAGAGAUGCACCACAUAAGCUCAUAAACACUCGAUCCUUUUGGUUGCACUUGACAUUACUUCUGGCAAGAGCAUAGCUGUAAAUUGUCAGGGUUUUUAACUGAAACAUCUUGUACUCCUGUCUUUUGUAAAUUCUUCACACAGAAAAUGAGUGUUCCCUUUUGCAA